AUAUGUGGGACAUCACAACUGAAUUCAACAGCGCAACAUCGUCUCCAAGACUUAAAAUCUAAGCCAUUAUUAUCGUUCACGGUAUUCACAUGUGGACUGAGUCAGACGGGUGUAGUUUUACAGACAAAGCUCCUCCCCGCUUCCUCGCUUCUGGAGCUACGAGUCGGCCAGUUUCUGUCCGGUUCAGAUAGUCUGCGCUGAGCCUCUACUGAUCAAAGCUGCUUGGUGGAAUAUUUCAACACACCUAUUUUCCGGACCCCCUUUACAACAACCUGUGGAUAUGGGAUUUACUUAAACAAGACUUCGCUUCGGAAUCUUCAGUCGUUUUUCCAGGUUUACUCACUGGGGGUACUUUUACCGGUACCAGAUAAGUCUGGAAACCACAGGUAAACUGAACGAUUGACUCGUUCACAAUAAACUGUCACAGGAGUAGGAGUAGAGGUCAGCGCGGUCUUUCAAACAAUGCAUCGAGUUAGCUUGGUGUAUGCGAAACUAUAUCCACAUUCAGUCUAGUAUCACCUCAAAAGAAAGUUUCAAAGAAAAUGUUUUCUUUUUAAGAAGUAACAAGUCACAGGUAAAGCAUUUGGGUGAAUGAGCCAUGUCGGUCGGUCUUCCCCCUCGUGGAACCCUGCUGGUUUGGCGGUAACGCAUGCAGGUGCUGAAGAUGUCGGUGUGUGGAGAGUUUGCUGAGCACAUGUGGAAACCGGGCUCCUGCAAGAAUUGCUUCCACCCCCGCAGUGCCCACCGAUCCAAUGGCAGUGCAGUCCGCAUCCAGCGUAGCACGGCGGGAGACGAGGAGGACAGCCUGACCCUGUCAGCCUCCUACUGCAAGCCCACCAUCGCCGUCAGGCCCACCAUGAUGAACCCUGAGGUGUCUGACAUGCGGCCAGAUGUCAACAUGAACUCUGAGCAGGAUAAUCAGAAGAGUCCAGUGGAUAAACUAAGCUUGAAGAAGAUGUUGGACCUUGCUCCAUUAUAUAUUGACAGUAAUGGUUGCAGCAAGGAUUUGAAAGAAGCUGUUCUACAAAACACAGUGACUGGGAAGAUGGACUAUGCCAGCAGAUUGUCUGGAAAUACUGUAUCCCCAUCAUGCCUUCAGAAGGAGUCAUUUUUCACCAGCAGCGUCUUUGUGACCCAGGAAGUGGCACAUGGUCCACACAGUGUACAGGAAAAUGGAGCUAUUGAUGCUUACAGACCCCAGACCAACAAAACCAUCAAAAGCACUUACACGAGCAACAGCAGCCAAGUUUCCGGAGGUUCUGUGCAGAAGCUGGAGGGAAGGGCAUGCUCCUCGGGGAGCUUUGAGGGUGACUGUGAUGUUCUUAAUGACUCCUCAGCGCAGGAACCCCCAGCUGCACUGGAGAUUGCUAUUGACAUCAUCACUACCAUCCCCACCAAGAAUGGCAGCCCUGGCAAUGUUGAGGCAUCAAGCACUUUCCCCUCCUCUGGUUUCUGUCCAGACUCAGGACUGCAGGGUCCUCAUCCCAGUGACAGUGCCUCCUCUUUCCUGUCUGAGCCUGCCAGUCUUUCAGACUCCUGCUCAUUCCGGAGCAGCACAGGUUCACUUGCUGGCUCUCAGGGACUAGAUGUUUUUGUGCCGUCCAGGCUGGAUGGGCCCCAGAUCCAUCCAUCCUUAUCCAACCGCCCAUCAGACACUGGAAAUGGUGUACCAAACCCUGAGCCCAUUUAUGCGGAGAGCACCAAACGGAAGAGGAAGACAGCGGUUGAUGGCAAGACCUCAGGUGCGGUGGUGGACCUGACCAGUGAAGGUCAGUGGGCAACGAUCACUGUCAUGGCUGCUCACACAGAGGAAAACAACCGGACGUUCUACCUCAGCAGUCCGGAUUCGGCUGUGAGCACUCAGUGGCCAAAUUUCAGCCCCACCUCCAGCAGAGACCCAAACAGUCCUGCCUUCAAGUGGCCUUCAAACUGCAUCAGCUCCGAGGGUGGGGUAGCCUCUCUCCAGCCCAAGCCACAAGCCAGCCCUCCUAUUCCCCCCAAGAGGAAUUCCCGUUCCCCAAAACUGGGGACCUCAAGCCUUUCUCCAGUAGCCUGCUCAGAGUUACGGGCUGAGUCCAGUAUACCAGCGCACUCGUCCUGCUCUUCAGUGUCUGCAUCUCUGGGGGAGGCUCCCACCUCCAACUCCAUCAUCACCACUGUGGAGAGGAGGCACAAGCUGUACAGCUCCACCUGGAACUGGGAGGGUCGAAUCGAGGAGGAAGAAGAGGGAGGGGAGGAGGCCGCCACGCCCCAGACCGUCACGUCCGGUCCCAUCAAUGGUGCAGCUGUGUCAGAGCCAGGGGAUUGGAGCCCCGGGGCGCACGGCAAGGAGAGCACCCCGCCAGGCACGGCCGACAAUGGUGCCAGUCAGAAGCACCCGGGCAGCGGCGUGGAGAAGAGCAAACAUAGCAGGGACAUGUUAGCCAGGACAGCAUCCUUCACUGCAGAUGUGUCAGAGGGCAAGGGCAAAAGUCAUGACCCGGCACCACCUCCGCCUCCUCCAAAAAAGCACCAGAGGGCCUCCAGUAAGAUGAGUCAGAGCAGCUCGGAUCUGGAGAAGGUCUGUCAGCAGGGCUCUGUGGAGAGCCUCGCCCAGUCUCUGAGGAGCCUCCGGGGCAGUCAGGUCUCCACCUCUUCUGACAGCCUGCAUUCUGAUUCUAGAAUGCCCAGCGAUGGAGGUCUCCAGGACGCCCCUCAUGGGGUUAGCCCAUCCCCGUUUCCCAGCAGUCCCCUGACUGCGUCCCCAGUGUCCCCCCAUCCUGACCCUUUCCUCAGCGCCAGCCUGGGACACCAGGUGCAGCCUCCGCCUCUGCCAGAAAAGAAGAUGGUAAGCCGCACUCUGUCCGCGCCUACCGACGGCGUCGGCUCCAAGCACCUCCCACGGACGCCCCAGCGGUUCCCCUUGAGCGGCUCCGAGGACAACGUGUCCCGGCCGAGCUGCGCCCUGUCCAGCCCGGGGGACAGGCGGAACCUGUACUCCUCCAGCGAGUCCCUGGAGCACUGCCACCCGCCCCUCAACCGCUCGCUGCGCUCUCGGACGCUGGACGAGCCGCCGGCCAGGGGCAGGAGCAGGCUGGGAGGCUCCUGCCGAGGGGCGGUCACCUCCUCAUCCUCACCCCAGCUCAGUGCCCCCGCCCCCAGCUCAGGCUCUAGCCUCCAGCUGCAUACCCUGCUCUCCAACAUCGACAGCCGCGAGGGGGUCUACUCCAAGCUGGGCGGGCUGUACGCCGAGUCCCUGCGCCGGCUCACGCUCAAGUGCCAGGAGCACUUCACCCGCAGCCAGAGGAACCCCAUGCGCUUCGACGAGAGCAACUGGUCCCUCUUCAAACUCACCUGCAGCAAGCCCUGCUGUGAGGCUGGUGAUGCUGUCUACUACUCGGCCUCCUGCGCCUCGGACCCCAGCAGCUCCUAUGCAGUCAAGAUUUGUAAGAACCAGACCCCAGAUGCCAAGCAGGGUCACCUGUACGGGCUGUCUGUGCAGCAGAGCGUGCCCCCUCACUUCAACCUGCAGCAGGACUGCGGCCACUUCAUCGCCUGCGUCUCGCUGAGCAUGUUGCCCCCGGACGAGGGGGCCGGGCGGUCCGGGCGGUCCGGGGGGGGCAUGCAGCGGGAGCAGGAGCGCGUGGUGGUGAUCACCCGGGAGGUGCCCCACCAGAGCGCCGCCGACUUCGCCCGGGAGUGGGAGGCCUUCCACCGGGCGCAGCCCGAGGCGUACGAGCGGCGCGUCUGCUUCCUGCUGCUGCAGCUGUGCAACGCGCUGGAGCACCUGAAGGAGCACGGCGUCUCCCACCGCGACCUGUGCCUGGAGAACCUGCUCCUGGUGCCGCACCGCCGCGCCCCGCCCGACAACCGGGAGCAGAAGCACCUCCCCCGCCUGCUCGUCAGCAGCUUCGCCAAGGCCAAGCAGCGCAGCUGCGAGGACCCCGCCGCCGACCCCCGCCUCAAGAGGGACCACGCCCGGCUGGCCCCCGAAAUCGUGUCGGCCGCGCAGUACCGCAAGUUCGACGAGUUCCAGACGGGCAUCCUGAUCUACGAGCUGCUGCACCAGCCCAACCCCUUCGAGGUCAGCCCCAAGCUGAAGGAGCAGGACUACGCGUGCGAGGACCUCCCGCCCAUCCCGCACGCGUCCCUCUACUCGGCGGGGCUCCAGCGGCUGGCCCGCCUCCUCCUCCAGCCGGACCCCAUCAAGCGCAUCCACAUCCAGGAGGCCAAGCGCGCCCUGCAGUGCCUGCUGUGGGGCCCGCGCAGGGACCUGAUGGAGCAGCAGUGGGAGCAGGCCGGGGCGCCGCCCCGCCACGAGGGCCUGCUCAACUGGCUGGACGUGAAGCGCGCCCUGCUGAUGAUGAAGUUCGCCGAGCGCUCCCUGGAGCCCGAGCGCAGCGCGGAGCUGGAGGACUGGCUGUGCUGCCAGUACUUCUCCUCCACCCACCCGCUGUCCCUCUGCCACACCGCAGAGCUGCUCUACUGCCUGAAGUGACGGGCUCAGUCCGCAACACGGAGCGUGGCUUCCUUUUAACAUGCAUCAAAUCCACAGGGGCUGUGAACUCUGUUACCGUGCCCACACAUAUGGAAGCAGGGCAAUGCUGAUCCGUCCAGCUAUCGCAUGUAGAGACCUGGUAUAAACGUACAUGCGUUCAGUUGAAGAGAUGGAUUUUCAUCUGGCACAGCCAAAAUGUACAGCACAAUGAACUCUUGAUAUAGAUCUGGGAUCUUGUUUAACGUGGAUCUGUGUAUUAAAACCAACCAGAAAUUGCAGUACUUAUAGAGGAGGUAUGGACAUCCUCCUGUGCAGUAUUAUUAAAUAUAGAUCUGUCCAGUCUUCAGGAUGGCUGUGUUACUGUGUGUUGUUAUUUGCCCUGACGGACAAAACAAGGCUUCAUGCAGCGCUUAACUCAUGUAGGCAACUGGUUUGCAGGAAACAUCUUGCAGUUAACCUCUCACAUGUGAUUUCAAACUGUUUGCAUACUGUAGGGCCAUUCUGUUUGAAUAGAAAAGGUGCCACAAAUCCAAAAGUUGAUUAUGCAUCUGGCCUCAAAUGACCAACAUAGAUAUUACAAGCAUUUUUUUUCCCCUAACCCCAUGGGUUUCAGUAUUAAUGUUUUGGUAAUGAUUGUAUAGAGAGUUAAUGCCUACAGUUAAGAUGGAGUCAGAAAAGUUACCCUGGUGCUGAUGAUGCAAUUGACGAAUUAGAACUAAUUUCAUACAGGCUAUGAUAAAGUUAAAGCCAUCUUUAUUGGUUUUUUUUUUUUUGGGGGGGGGGGGGGGGUUUGUAUAAUAUCAAUACAUGUAGUACAAACAUGUAACAGUCGGCUAAAAUGAAAAAGGCUGUAAGAUGUAUUCAUUGUAAAAGGACACCAAAUCUGUUUGCAAGGCCUGAGAGAAGCCAAUGAGAGAAACACAUAUUCUGGGUGUUAUACAGUCAUAGAGGACUGCAUAUGACAAAGUUGGAGUAGUUUCUGUUGACCAUCAAUGCAUUGAUGAAGAAGAAAUUGCCUCAAAUUGUAAAAUACUUUGUGAGGCCCUACUUACUAACUAUUAAUUUGCUAUUAUUAUUAUUAUUAUAUUAUUAUUAUUAUUAUUAUUAUUAUUAUUAUUAUUCUCUAUAGUGCCUUCAGGUCUCGAUUUAUGUAUUUGUGGCAAAAUUGAAAACCUAAUUAGAAAUAUAAUUCCACGGUAUUCCUCAUUUAAAGUAGUCUUAAACUGGAUUUUCCAAAGGGCUUGAUCAGUACAGCAAGGUUUAUUAAAUUGGAAGCCCAUCAGGUCUUAAUUGCAAUGGAUCUGAUCCAUAUAAAAAGUAUAUUUAUUGUAUGCAUUAUUUUUUUGUUGUUUUUUUCCACUGGAAUGCCUUCAUUGUUUCUCUGAGAUGUGUUUGAAAGUGCCAAUUGGAACAAUGUUUUACUAUGUAUGUUUUUGUCUACAUCCAAUUUACCAGUUGACUACUGAAUGUGUACAUCCCCAGUUAGACAUCACUGGUUUUCCUUGGCUGCGUGAAUCCUAUCUUAAAAUAUUGUUUUCCCCUUAUCAUCAUUCUGGUAUUACUGCUUCUGUUAAAAUGUCUUCUCGCACUGAUAUUCAUUUUGCAUUUAUGUACAAGUUUCAGCUUCGUCCAUCAAUAAAUUUUGACAGUUGAAAAUGG